UGGUCUCCACUCGACUUCCUGGCCGAGUCCAGGGUAGCUGGCAGGCUGGAAGGCUUCUAAAAAUAACUAGAGCCUGAAACAGAAAUGAUGUGACACAAAAGAAGCGAUUUCUCCAUUCGGUCUCACAGGCUCCGCAUGGUCCGGUCCGGCCGGACUGGGCUGGAUUGGCUGGCCGCUCACAGGCUCCGCAUGGUCUGGGCCGGCCGGACUGGGCUGGACUGGCCGGCCGGGCUUGAGGGCCCGUCCCCCAGGAGCAGCUGAACCAUGGCGGAGGGUGAAAUCACCACAUUCACAGCCCUGAUGGAGAGGUUCGACCUACCCCUGGGCAACUACAAAAAGCCUAGGCUCCUCUACUGCAGCAAUGGCGGCUACUUCCUGCGCAUCCAGCCAGACGGUAAAGUGGACGGGACCAGGGAUCGGAGCGAUCAGCACAUUCAACUGCAGCUAAGCGCGGAAAGCGUGGGCGAAGUGUAUAUAAAGAGCACUGAGUCUGGCCACUAUUUGGCUAUGGACACCGAAGGACUUUUAUAUGGCUCACAGGCACCCAGUGAAGACUGCUUGUUCCUGGAGCGGUUGGAGGAGAACCACUACAACACGUAUGUGUCUAAGAAGCAUGCCGAGAAGAAUUGGUUCGUUGGUCUCAAGAAGAACGGGAGCUGCAAACGAGGUCCCCGGACUCACUACGGCCAGAAAGCCAUUCUCUUCCUCCCGCUCCCCGUGGCGUCAGACUAGCCACCUCUCCUCUCUGUGCUGGGCCCUUCCAGAACCCCUAGAACCUGAGACAUCCACCUGUUGCCUGCCCUCCUGCUUUACCCAAACCCACAAACCACUGCAAACCAUCAGGCUUUCAACUCCUCCUCCCUCAUUGGCCACUCUCCCUUCCCCAGGGCUGUUUGGCAGAGGUGGGUGGGGGUGGGUGAUCCUCAAGAUAGGUUCUCAGGCCGGUCUUCUGGGGCCUGCCAAAGGGUGAUCCAGAGGAUUCCCGGGGAAUCCAACAUUCAGAACCAUGUGUGAUUACUCUCCCACUAGGCCACCAUCACUGGCGAUUUCCCUAGACCCUGGGCCAAAAAUCCUCGUUCAACAUCUAGCCGUGAGGCAGGUGUGAACAGGACCAUUCUUAGUGAGAGGACAGGAGGGGGGCAGUGAGAGAAACUGGGGCCACCUGUGGGCUGCCGGACAGUGGGAGCCAGGCAGCCCCAGAAAUAGGGAAAAGCAGGACAGGACUGUUAAGGAGGAACAGCUUCUAGGGGAGGAAAGGAGAAAGGAGGGGCCGACUGUGCUGAAGGAAGAAGGGAAAUCUCUUAGGUCCCUGACUAUUCCCAGGGUUCCUCAGGCCUGAGGGGAAGCAGGGAGAGAAGGGAAGGAGAAAAGACGGGGGGACAGAGGGAGGCUGGAGAGCUCCCCUAAGGGGUGGGGCCCUAGAGUCACCCAUUGUGGUCUCAGUGGGCUGGGAGGAGAAAUUAGACACCACAACGAGAGAGAGAGAGAGAGAGAGAGAGAGAGAGAGAGAGAGAGAGAGAGAGAGAGAGAGAGGGAGAGCACAGAGUUGCCCAGUAGUGUCCAAGGAAGAUCAGUUACCAAGGCAACAGGGAUAGAGUGAGGGAGUCAGAGAGAAGAAAGGAGGUAUAUGAGAGCUGACACAUUCCCUGGCACAGCAAGGGCAAAACUCCGGAAACCUCACUGAUUAGAGACUCCCUGGGGAUACGUCAUUCAUUCGUUAGUCGUAUUUAUUGAGUGCUUACUGUGUGCAGAGCACUGUACUAAGCACUUGGAAAGUACAACAGCAAACAUGAAUGCCACCAAUUUCUCUCACUGAGUAAAAAUUUGGGUUCCAAUUAGGAAAACUCGCUUCUCACCCAAAGUAAACCUGCCCUAUAUUCCCAGUAAGGGAAAAACACAGCCCAUCUUUGUCACAACUAAUACUGACAUCUUGUUCGUGUCUUUCGUGUGCCAUCUCCGUUCAUUGCAUGAAAAUGCGGGUGUUGCAAACACAUUCUGAAUUUCCACCCACAGGCAGUAGGCCAGUAAAGCUAGCUAGCUUGUUCCCAACCUAAAUCCAUGGAGGGGCUUCCCAGCUUUAUCUUGCCAUCCAGACCCACUAAAACGGUUAGUCCUGGGCAAGACUGGUCACUUCAGGUUUCGGAAACAGAGUCACUCCAGUGAUUUCAGGCAGGAUGUGUCAGCUUUGGACAGCCUGACCUGCAGCAGCUGUGACAGAGAAAGCAAGCUCUGGAAUACCUGAGGGAUAGGGAAAGCCAUGAGCAUGCAAUGAGGUGGCUUAAAGUGAGGCGAGUUGCUGAGGUGUCACAUAAGGAGGUUUAGGGGGUAAAGAAUACAGCUCAGGAUAAGACCUCCUUAUUAGGUGUCUUGUGGAAAAGUUUAUGCUGGGUGGGGGAGGCGACAGAGCGGGGGAAGAAUUCAAGAGACUUAUAAUGGUUAGCAACUGAAGUUAUUUCAAAUUUAGCUGGGGCCCCUUGCUAUUGGCCCCAUUGCUCACUGAAGGAGGGGUUGGCGGUCCCAGAGAGCAGGUCACAUAUCCUCAUUAUGGAACCACCUGGAAGCCCAGAGCAGGGCACCAGUGGCAGGGAAAGGGGAGAGUUAGGGCAUACUGAGUAAACCAGGGGGUACACACUCGGGAAAGCCAGAAGGCACAUGGGCCCACCAUGGUCUGACAUCCAUCUUCUUGCCCUCCCCCAGUAUGCCGCUGCUCAGCUGGGAAGGAGAAGGGGCAGAACACCAUUUGCAUCAACAUUGGGGGGCUAGAUGUGCAUGGUGAAGGAGAGGAAUGGGCCAGGACAUCAGGGCAAUAAGGCCCAGGUGCAGAGACCUAAAAACACCACCUCAGGCCUCAGACACCCCUGAAUGUGGUGUUGCAAGAGCUGUAGCAGCAGAGAGGGUCCCCUACCCCGCAAACUUCCAGCCCUGCAGAAAGGAAGCCUCUCGGGAGCUAGGGUCAUGACUUUUCCAUACAUAAGCUGGUGUGAUAUACUUCCAAAUUCCAAAUACCCCAUGGGAUCAACAGGGUGCUGAGAGUUUGCUAAGUACCGAGGCUUGGCUGAGCUGAGGCUGGGAUUACUAACAUGCCAUUCAGGCUACUGCUGAAUUGUGCAAUCACCCACUCUUCCUUGAGUACACUGUAUAUCUGCUUCUCUUGGGGGGUGGAGGGGGCGAGGAGGGUUCAUAUCACAUUGUGGGAGGGCCAGUCUGACUGGGACCACCUGGCUUACUAUGACCCUCAAGCCCCUUGAUGAGCGAGGUCAGCCACGCCCUUCCACCAGACGAGCCAGAGGUGCGCUCGGAGAGAUUCUGCUUUCCAAUAGAAGCUGGAAAUUUCCAAGAAUCUAAUACCAAGUGAAGGAAGGCCUCUCUGUUCUCUCCCCUGGGGAUUCAGAUAAUCUGGUUUGGCAAAGCUGGAUGGCCAUCAUCCCAUCUCCCUCUCUGUUUGCUUUGCAUUUAGGUCAGAAACCCAAGAGAGACCUUGUGUAAUUCUACCUUCUCAUCAGCCCCUCACACCUUCCUGGAGACCAAUAAACGUUCCCUAAACCAUA